UUUUGAUCGGUUUGUUUGUUCUGCACCAGGUUUGUCGCAGUCCGCCACGCAAAAGCCAGCAGCUCUCCUUUGUUCGAGUGUGUUGUUCGUGUAGCUUGUUUGGAAUCACUAGAACUAGAGACAGGUUGGAGUUAGCUGAUAGCAUGGCCGAGAAAAAGGGAAUUAUCCAACGUCUGGAGGAGGGUGUGGUGAUCGGUGAUGGUGGCUUUGUCUUUGAGCUGGAGAAGCGUGGCUUUUGCAAGGCAGGACCAUGGACACCGGAAGCUACCAUAGAGAACCCGGAAGCAGUGCGUGAGCUGCACCGUGAGUUCCUGCGCGCCGGUAGUGACGUGAUGCAGGCGUUCACGUUCUACGCCAGCGAUGACAAGCUGGAGAACCGUGCCAAUCAAGCAGCCAUCCAUGGGGGUCGCUCCGUAAACCAGGCUGCUUGUGAACUCGCCCGGGAGGUAGCCAACGAGGGAGAUGCCCUUGUCCUUGGUGGCCUGUCACAGACACCUGCAUACCUCAGCGGUCUCGGAGAGGAGGCAGUCAAGGCACAGUACAGAAAGCAACUGGAUGUCUUUGUCGACAACAAGGUUGACUUCUUGUUGGCCGAGUAUUUUGAAUAUCUGGAGGAGGCGGUGUGGGCGGUGGAGGUGCUGAAGGAGUCCAGUUUGCCCGUGGCUUGUAGCUUGGCUAUUGGACCCGAGGGUGACAUGGCCGGUGUUACUCCUGGUGACUGUGCUGUACGUCUUGUCAAAGCAGGUGCGGAGAUCGUGGGUGUGAACUGUCACUUUGACCCGUUCAAGUCCCUGGAGACUGUCCGGUUGAUGAUGGAGGGCAUCAAGGCAGCUGGACUGUCUUGCCACUACAUGUGCCAGCCACUUGGCUAUCACACCCCGGACGCUGGACGACAAGGGUUCAUUGACCUGCCAGAGUUCCCCUUUGCUCUGGAGCCACGCACGCUGACACGCUGGGACUGCCAUCGCUAUGCACGUGAUGCCUACAACCUGGGUGUCCGCUACAUUGGUGCAUGCUGCGGUAUGCAGCCGUACCAUGUACGCGCCAUCAGUGAGGAGCUGGAAGAGGAACGUGGAGGACUGACAGCGAAAGCCAGUGAGAAGCACGGAAAGUGGGGUGAUGGCCUUCGUCAGCACACCAAGCCAUGGGUUCGCGCUCGUGCCCAGCGUGACUAUUGGGAGACGUUGAAACCAGCAUCCGGCCGUCCCACCUGUCCCAGUACCUCCACCCCGGACAACUGGGGUGUAAAAGCCGGUGAUGAUGAUCUGAAGCAGAAGACGGCCGAGACCGCUGACGAGGAGUUGGCUGCACUGCAGGCCAAACAGAAGGCCUAGAUCAGGGCCCAGGCCAGGGGCGGCCGCGGCGAGUGCGAGGGUACUGGACCGUGACGUGCGUGUAUGGCGCACAGUCCAUCGCAGCUUACUACUCUCUAUCUUGUGCUCGUGUCAAGCGCUGCGGCGGUGGUCUGUGUGCUGGUGUGAUACGGGUUUCAGCCGUGCUCUCACUUUGCCACUCCGUCAUCCCGUGGAGCAUGCUCCAUCCCUUAGCUAGUGUCGUCAAUUUCUCAACAUGCUCUCCAGGGCGCAUUCCGAUUGUCACAUGAUUCACUGUCCUUUCUUUGCUCUUAGUUCUCCUUUGCUUUCUUAGUGUUGUAUUUGUAGCCUGGCAAACCUGAUGGAGUUUGGUGGAGCCAUGGAGGCGUUUCAAAAUAGUGUUCCGGUGUCAGGAAAUUUAUGAUACUGCCGCGGCGUGUGUGAUUUUCACCACUGCCAAUUGCUGAGGAUGCUAAUACAACGUAGACCAGCUUGCAACAUUCCGAAA